CAUUGAUUAUGAAGCAAAUAUUUUAAAACGAUUAUUCUCACACAUAUUUCAGUAUCUAAUACUAAAUAAAUAAGGUGAAGAUAUCUAAAAUGAAUUGAAAAAUUCUUACCGGGUAAACACAAUGGUUCAAACUAAUAAUCAGAAGUAUUAAAAAAGACACAUUUUAAAAGGCGACACUCCAAACCACUAGAAGAUCCAUACUUUUUGUUUAUUCCUGUUUUGGGACCUUCAAAAUCUGGAGAAAAGAAUAGAGAAAACUGCGUCUUUGGUACAGGUGCAGAAAAAUAUCUCUAAAGAAAUUUUUCAACAAGAGAAAUCCAUUGCAUUAUGUGUAGAUUUAAAUUUAUAUCUAAUAAUAUCCAGAGAUGUCUGAGAAGCAUUCUCUCUCUCUUUAACCCGAAUCAAGUAAACAAUAGAUCAUGAAGAAAAAUCAGGAGAAGUUAUCCAGAUGGUACUUUGGAGGAACAGCAUCCGCAGGUGCUGCCUGUUUUACACAUCCAUUGGAUCUUAUAAAAGUACAUUUACAAACACAACAAGAAGGAAAGCUUUCUAUUAUAGGAAUGACCACAAAUAUUAUCAAAAAGCAAGGGAUUUUAGCUUUAUAUGCUGGUCUAUCUGCUUCACUUCUAAGACAGGGAACAUAUUCUACUACUAGGUUUGGUAUGUAUGAAGUGUUGAAGCAGAACACAAGAAGCGAUACAUUCACUUCUAAGAUUGCUAUAGCUGCAUUGGCUGGAGGCGCAGGAGGUAUCGUUGGUACUCCCGCUGAUAUGAUAAACGUCAGAAUGCAAAACGAUAUUAAAUUACCCGUAGAAAAACGAAGGAAUUACAAACACGCAAUUGACGGACUCAUACGAGUGUUUAGAGAAGAAGGCCCAACGAGAUUAUUUUCAGGAGCAACGACAGCAACUACUCGAGCGAUUUUUAUGACAAUUGGACAGCUUUCAUUUUAUGAUCAAGUGAAAAUAUUAAUGCUAGGAACUCCUUAUUUCAAUGAUAAUGCAGUAACGCAUUUUUUAGCGAGUCUCACAGCGGGGGCAAUUGCAACAACAUUAACACAACCAUUAGAUGUACUGAAGACAAGGUCCAUGAAUGCCAAACCCGGUGAAUUCAAACAUUUGGGAGAAAUAAUUCUUUACACGGCAAAGCUGGGACCAUUGGGAUUUUUCAAAGGAUAUAUUCCAGCUUUUGUGAGAUUAGCUCCUCAUACUAUUUUAUUAUUCCUAAUUUUGGAACAAUUGCGGUUAAAUUUUGGAUUUUUACCCCCAGAAUAAUUGGUUUCGCUAGCGUUUGAUGUGAUUGUGCUAAAUAAAGUUUUCAUGUCAAAAUGAAUUUAUCUUUAUGAAAUAAUUAAUUAUAUGUUGUAAACUAUUAAAA